CAAAGUGUAAAAAUGGCGUUUCUAGACCAAGUUUUCAAAGCGUUGAACCAACCUCGAGCAUCGAGGCCCCCUUAUCUAUGAUUUGCAGGCUAAAAUGGAUUUCCGCGGGAUCAAGAGCAGCGCUUGAUAUAUCAAGUGUCAAGACAUCAACAGGGAUUUAGCCACUCAAGAUGCUCACCCUCAUAAGCGCCACCCCCUCGCCUUACGCGCGCAAAAACCGCAUCUUGAUGCUAGAAAAGGGCAUCCCCUUCCAGCUCCAAACCGAAAUUCCCUGGCACUCCACAACCGAAACGCCAAAAUACAAUCCACUGGAAAAACUCCCCAUUCUGAUCUUCGACGACGGAAGACCGCCCAUUUACGAAUCAUGGUACAUCCAAGAAUAUAUCGUUCAGAAGUACCGUGGUACAGGGCCAGAUCUCAUGCCGUCGUCUAUCGAUGACCAACUUCUCGUUCGACAGAUCCAAGUCUUAGCUGAUGGGGCUUGUGAUGCUAUGGGUCUCGUAUUCUUCGAGAAUGGACGAGGGGAGAUGAAGAGCCAUGAGUGGCAUGAUAGGCAAAUGCGAAAGGUCACGGGGGUGUUGAAAGCUUCGGAUGAGUUGGUGAAGAAGAGUGACGGAAAGUUCCUUGUUGGUGGCGAAUAUUCUGUUGCGGAUAUUGCUCUUGGUGCGAUGUUGGGCUUCAUGAAUAUGGUGGAGACGAACUUUGGGAUAAUCCAUUGGUUGGAGGAAUAUCCGGAGUUGAGGAAGUAUUGGGAGAUGUUGGAAGCCAAGGAGAGUUUCAAAGCGACGCAACCGGUUAUGUUUGAGCUGACUGAGAAGGUUGCGUGAGUUGAUUAAUGUUGUUGUAUUUACUGCUUGAGAGAGAUUGUGUAUUGUCGGUGAGGAUGUUUGUUCUUUUACUUUUUGAUCUUGCUCU